ACAUCUCAACCCACUACAUCUCAACCGACUCAACCCACCUCAUCUCAACCGACUCAACCCACUACAUCUCAACCGACUCAACCCUCUACAUCUCAACCGACUCAACCCACUACAUCUCAACCGACUAAACCCACUACAUCUCAACCGACUCAACCCACUACAUCUCAACCGACUCAACCCACCUCAUCUCAACCGACUCAACCCACUACAUCUCAACCGACUCAACCCUCUACAUCUCAACCGACUCAACCCACUACAUCUCAACCGACUCAACACACUACAUCUCAACCGACUCAACCCACUACAUCUACAUCUCAACCGUCUCAACCCACUACAUCUCAACCGACUCAAAUCACUACAUCUCAACCCACUACAUCUCAACCAGCUCAACCCACUACAUCUCAACCGACUCAACCCACUACAUCUCAACCGACUCAACCCACUACAUCUCAACCGACUCAACCCACCUCAUCUCAACCGACUCAACCCACUACAUCUCAACCGACUCAACCCACUACAUCUCAACCAUCUCAACCGACUACAUCUCAACCGACUCAACCCACUACAUCUCAACCGACUCAACCCACUACAUCUACAUCUCAACCGACUCAACCCACUACAUCUCAACCAUCUCAACCGACUACAUCUACAUCUCAACCCACUACAUCUCAACCGUCUCAACCCACUACAUCUCAACCCACUCAACCCACUUCAUCUCUCCCACUCGUGUAACAG